UUCUAGAAACGAAAAAUAUCAUUAAAGCGGAAAGUGUCGUCCCUGAUUAGCCUGUGCGGACUGCACAGGCUAAUCUGGGUCGACACUUUACGAACAUGCAUUACGAAAAGGUUGGUUUAAAAUGGUAUGGGAAAACAUAAGUGUGAUCAUGGUUCAGAAUAAUUUGCAAAAUGAUUGUGUUCAUAAAAUAUAUGUUGGUUGAUUGGUCGGUUUCUAGAUAUUGUUAUUAGUGUCACCUACUAGCAACAAGACUCACAACAUAUUUGUUUGACCUUUUUAUUCAUUUGUAAUAUGUAUAUUCUUGUACUAUUUUUAUAUUUGAUUCAAAUUCUUCAAAUGAAAACACGUUUAUUACCGUAAAUUGUUCGUCUUAACACCACAAUCUUAAUAAUCGUUCAAAAUUGAGAAACCGAACAUUAACAUAACAUUACAUUCUAUCAUAAGCGAAGAAUGCAAAAACGUAGGUUAUAACCUGUUUUCAUUAAUCACCGUAUGUUUCAUUAAUGCGUACAAGUCUAGCAACGGUUAAACAAUAACAUUAAAUUAUACCACAACAAACUGCAUUAUUUUAAGGUCAAGGUCUCAACACAUUUAUUUAAAUCCUUAUUUUACCAUACUUAAAUCCUUUGAAUUUGGUCCAAAAAUAACACCAACAUUGUGCUCAUAUCGGUCCAAUUUACCAUAUCAUUCUUUGCUGAAUAAAUUGAAAUAAUUAAUGUUAUGCUUAAUGUAGGAACAAACUCUACUCUUAUCAAAGUGAACAGUUGUUUGAGGUUUUUCAACAUUUGCCCAGCUACUAUAUGAACAUUGUAAUUAUGUGAAAUAAACAGUAUUGAUACUAUUUCGAAAAGCAAUCUCUUCAACAUUAAAACGAAUUGAUUACAGAUGUAUUUUUGAGAGUUUGGUGCCAGAUGUGGUCAUGUGGACACGAUUUUACACCUGGACCAGUAUUUCACCCGAGCGGGUUUAGCACGUCAUAGAAAGUUUCUAGCACCGACGGGUGAACGCACGCACUAUCGCGCUCGGAUUUAAUUAAAUAGCACGGUUUAAGAACAGCUUUGCCAAAUGCGAUAAUUCUGCCAUUCUAUAUAAAGCACUGUGGAUUAUUUUGUACAAAGUUUUCAAAUAAACACUGACCCGUAUUAUUCGUUAUUGUUAAGCGGCCAUUGUUAUUAUUUGGGUUUAAGUCAGACGACAGUACGCUACGGGAGGAACAUUUUACAUUUAUAACGUAUAGGUGAUUUAAAUAUGGCGAGGAAUAGAGGCAUGUAAGACAGGUGUCCUGCGCAUGAUAGUGACAAUUGUACAGGAACGCCGUGUUAUUUGGAACAUCGACAUACCCUUUAUACAACUAAAUGGAUGUUAUCAGACAUGAAAAUAGAAAAUCAAGCUUAAAGAGACCUUCAGCGAUAACUAUGUAAGAAUAGACAAUGACACAUCAUAGAGUGCAAAAUGACACAUCUAUGCGGAGAUAACAAUACCUCUGUUUACAAACUGUUUCAUACAUACAAAAACGUGAGAUUAAAUUCAAUUUCGUAAGUAUAAAUGGCGUACGUAGUGUAAAGACGGCAUGGAAAUAUAACGUUGUGAUCAAACAUGUUUAUAUAAAAGCCAUGGAAUAAAAAAAUAACAUAUUCAUAAAACGUACAUACACAAACGUGGGAUAUAAUUAAUUGUCUCGGGCCUAGUGCGUAGCUAUGGAAUUCGAUUGACGAGGAUGUUUAUGUGUCGGCCGAUGAAUCACCGAUGGAACUAGAUAAGUUUCAAGAAGCAGAUGCAGCUAAUUUCGGGGACGGGACAAUUACACGUGAACAUUUUAAAAGUGAAAUAUUAAACAUAAAUGAAGGUGAACUUUGAGAACACGAAAUUUUAAUUGAGCACACGUUCGAGGAAAGAAAACUACUGUCACCAAUAGAAACGUGUAAGAAGAGACCGCCAAAUGUUUCUUCAUGUGUACAUUUCUUGAAGAAACACACGAUCUUCCCUGGUUGGAAGCUUAUUUUAUACACACAACUGGAACGGGGCGGGCAAGUGUUUGACAUGAGUCAACGCAAGAACGGCACUCACGGAUAGCAGCACUAUUUGCAAACUUUCAGACCAACUUGUUGACAUGGGGAAGGUGGCAAGAGAUAAAUCGUCAGAUCUCGACGGCUGCUACUCUUGGUUUAUCCUGCUAGGAUGCUGGCUGAUGUAUCUGCUAGUGGUGGGAGGGACGCAGGCUUUUGCCACUGUGUUUCUGGAGACCUCCAUCGCCAAUGAGACACCGACUGAGGACAUCAACUGGAUGUGGAACUACCCGCUGAUCAUAAUGCUCGCCUUAGGGCCGUUUGCAAACUAUCUCAGCAGACGAUUUUCCUUCCGGAUCGUAUGCCUGGCUGGCGGUCUGUUCGUCAGUCUGGGAUCGUUGUCGUACUUCGGUUUGUCCAAGUUGAUACCGCUGUGCUACGUUUUUUUGGCCUACGGAAUAUUAACAGGUAUCGGUUGCGGUCUGUGUUUUGCGCCGUGCUCAACUAUCAUCAGUUUUUAUUUCGAGAACAGGCGAGGUUUCGCCAACGGUUUUACCGUCACCGCGGGGAGUAUUGGACCUCUUGCGUUACCGUUUCUUUUUAGGUUUGUGGUUAGCGAGUACGGCCUCAUGCGAACCUUUCUCAUCUACGGCGGGUUCCUUUUGAACAUUUGUGUUGCUGCGUGCUUUUUCAGACAGCCUGCCCGCCUUGAAACCGAUUCUAUCAUAGAAAAGGGGCAUAGAAAUGUAAAUGGUCACGUAAAAAACGCCGAAAAUGCGACAAAAAACGCCGAAAAAUCGACGCUUCUCAACGGUGGCGGGACAUUAAAUAGACGGAAUGUGCAAUCUCAGAAACAGCAUAAAAGAAGUUGUGAUGGUUUUAUAAAAUUAUCUCUCUUCUGCAAACCAUUGUUUACAAUAUACGCUUUGGCAUUUUUACUGUGCAUGAUAGGCUACUCAGCAAACGUCAUGUUGAUUCCUACUCACGUACUGAAGCAUGGCCACAGCGCCGAGCAAGUUUUUCUUUAUGUGACUAUAAUCAAAGGAUCGGAGACAUUAGGGAGAUUGUUCUUCGGAUCCUUGGCUGAUUUGUUCCGCGUAUCAGCCCGCAAAAUGUUCAUGUGCAGCAUGCUUAUUGCCGCCAUAUUUAGUUUCGCUGCGCCGUAUGUUACACACUUUUACUUCAUGUGUGCGUAUUCUGCGGCGAUCGGAGUGUUUCCCGGGUCCUUCUGGAGCCUGAUCUCAGUUUUAUUGCUGGACUUUCUCAGUUUGGAGGAUCUGACGCCAGCGUUUGGUCUCGUGUCUCUGUGUCUGGCGAUAGGCGCUGCAGUUAGCCGGUUCUUCAUUGGUUAUUUGGAGAUUUUCACGUCGAGCGAGCAGGUGACGUUCUUCACGCUGGGCGGAGUGUUCGUGCUAUCCGCGCUCUUGUUAUUGCUGAUCCCUCCGAUCAAACAUCGAAUCAAACAAACACGCCGACGGAAGGACAUGGAAAACGAGCGGCGGAUUCUAGAGGUAGUUCCGCUUCGAAAUUCUUGCAGACAAAAAUCGUUGCUGUAUCUUCCGCCGACUCCUGACAAACGAGAGCAACCGGAAGUAGAAGAUUAUGAAAAGUUGACAAUAACGUCGAAGAGAGUCAGCAAGAUUUAUCGCCCCUUUGGUGAAAGCGAUGACGAAUUGGACUACCAUGAUGGUUUUGAAAAGCGCAACUCGGCGCCCAUUGCGAAUCUCGCCGAAGUUUAACCCAUUUAUGACUAGUGGACUCUCCCAUCCUUCUAAAUUGGAUCAGUUUAUUUCCAAAAGUAGGGAUGUCUAGUAUAUUUAUUUCUAUAUUAAGAAUAUUUCUGACAUAAAUUCCUUGAAGCAAACAGCGCAGACCCUGAUGAGACGCCGCAUCAUGUGGCGUCUCAUCUGGGUCUACGCUGUUUGCCAAGGCCUUUUUUCUAGACGCUAGGCAUAAAUAAGUUAAUAUAUGCAGAUGAUAGAUUUGUGUCACAAACAAAAUACAUAAACGUAUCUCUUAUUUUCUCACAGAAAUCUACUCUUAAGUCCGCAAAGAACCGAAUCUGAGAACUUUUAAUCUCGAUGUGUUAGUAGUCACUUCAGAAAAUCCACGGGACGGCUGUUAUUGCUCUGAAUUUUUGUUAUAAAGAGAUGUCGAAAUGUGAUAUAAUAUUCAUUAUACAACUACCGGUAUCCAGUAACAUCAUCAACAGAGGUUGAAGCAAUCUCAACUUGAUACUUUUGUGGAGAAAUAAAGAAGGAAAAAAACACAGUGGCGUAGCUUUAACAAUAGAGGAAAUUGCGCGUUGUAAAUCCGAAAUCAAUCUGAUAAAAGUGUGUUGUUAUUUUUGAAUAUUGGUUAUUGGGGCAGUUGUUGGAGUUCGUUGGAAAUCGUCAUUUAAAUCGGUUUUGUGCUUAUGUAAUAUUUUGUUAAAUACACGCCUGAUGUUUUGCGUGAAAACGUAAUCGCUUGUUAUACGCGGUUGUACUUGUGACAUAAAUACGAAUGAAGCUGUCGCAAAGUUAUGAAAAACACUCCCAUGGAUUUGUUCCUCGCUCAGGCAAAAAGGAGCUUAAUACAUGUGCUUAACGUGUCGUCCAACAUUAGCCUGUGCAGUCCGAACAGGCUAAUCAGGGACUACAAUUUACGCUUUAACUGGAUUUCGUUAAGAAGACAUUAUUUUAAACGAAAAACGCAAUAAAAGCGGAAAGUGUCGUCCCUGUUGUGUGCGGCAUAUAUGGUAGAUACGCACGUGACUUCGAAAGUGUUGCAGCAAAUGACUGCUAAAUGGGGUAAUGUAACAUUGGUGAACUGGACUCACAUGCUUUGUCUUUGUUAGGGAUCGCACGUUGCAUAAGUUAUGGAGAUGGAAUAUCAGUUUGCACGAGUACCGGUAUCGGAUAUAAUUAGCAUUUCGCACAACCCGCUCAAUACUGUUUGACGGGUAAAAUGCCGUAAAAUAUGUUUGUUCUAUAUUAAAAAUGGCUAGGACCCUAACAAUAUUAUUGGUUCUUUCAAAUUUGUGUUUUUCAUUUUCAUGUUGUUAAAGGUUAUAUGUUUUUGCGUGCAUAAAGGUUUGUUUUGACGACGUCCACUUUUAAAUAACAUUGUAUGAUUUUGACUAAAUGAGACAUGAAACAAACCUAUUGUUACGCCCUAAAACAAAAUAUAAAUGCUUAUAAAUAUGUGUUAUAACUGGGCCUAGAUAGACAAAACAGCUUUAUGUAAAUGCAUUUCGUGCAGUGUGUUUCCAAUGUGUGUUUAUACUGUAUCCAGUGUGCAGCUAUACGUCGCUUGUACUUCAUUUGUUUAUUUAAAACCUAUCGAUCUCAAUCCACUCGUCUAUCAUGUGUUUUGCUAAUGGAUAUUCGCGGUUAUCAAAGUAUAAAAUGGAAGAUAUCAUUCCCUUCUAUCGUCAUUGUAAUCGUUGCCAUCAUCAACCUAAUCAUUAUUACCACAGCUUUUCAUCGUCAUCGGUAAUACCAAUAUGUUACCACGAUAGUCAUCAACAUUAUCCCCAUUUCUACAGGGCAGCGGGCAACGACAACGAGCGAGGCAUGGUAUUGUAAUGCGCAUGGGGGGGGGUGGGGGGUAGAGAGUUAGGGUAAGGGUUAAGGUUAGCCUUAACUUAACCCAUUCCUUAACCCUAACCCUAACCUAACCAUAGCCAGGGUUAUUUCCCCUAUGCCAUGCCUCGCUCGAUGUAAUUGUCCUCUUCCCCCGUCAUGUUCAUGUAACCGGUACUUAAAAAAUAUUGUAUCAUGAUCAUCACAGCCACCAUCAUCAAUUUUUUAAAAUUUAUUUAUUUAUUGACUUAGUGAAUAUUGCACAAUUUAUAAAUGAUUUUCAUCAUAUUCGAUGUCUUAAAAAUCACAUUACUUUCGCACCUUAGUAUAUUUUGAUUAACGCAUAAACAUGUUUAUAUUUACAGCUUGAUGAUAAUAUGUAAUUUUAAUAGAUAUCAAUUUAAGAGUAUUUCAUCUGUCUUUGUCAUACAAUAAUUAAGCUGAGCGGAAUGUGUUCUGUGUGGACUGCAGCGUCAAAUUCAAAAUUGAUUCAAGUCCAUACUAGGAUAUGAUUGAUAAGAUGGCACAAUGUUUUUGAACUAUUCGAGUCAAUCGAAACCAAACAAGAUGCUAACAGCUAUAAUUAUGAAAAAAGCUUUCCAGACACGUUAUUUCUAACAAAACUUUAACCCAUUUAUGCCUAGUGGACUCUCCCAUCCUUCUAAAUUGAAUCAAUUUAUUUCCAAAAUAAUGGAUAUCUAGUAUAUUUAUUUCUAUAUUUAGAAUAUUUCUUACAUAAUUUCCUUUAAGCAAACAGCGUAUACCCAGAUGAGACGCCGCAUCAUGCGGCGUCUCAUCUGGGUAUACGCUGUUUGCCAAGGCCUUUUUUCUAGACGCUAGGCAUAAAUGAGUUAAGUAUUGAUAAUAAAAUGGUUUCUUUCUCUGCAUCAGAAGCUGAGCAACUAGAACAGUAACACACCAUAUCGUAUUCACGAAUAAAAUGUGUACAUACCUUAUGCAAGUUAAUAUGUGUUAAGACGGAUUUUGUAUUUAUAUAUUUUCCUCACCAUUCAUGUAGGCCUGUAUGCCGAUCAUGAUUUUUAAAGGGAAAUUUUCAAAUUGUACUUUGACAAAAUGACAUGAUUGAUUAAGUUCGUUGAUUACAAAAAAAGUAUGCAUUUUACUCAUACAAGCUAAAGAAAACUCCUGGCUGAGACAAUGGUACAAAUAUCUGUAAAUUGAUUGAUUAUUACCAAUCGAUAUUGAAAAGUUUCAUAACGCUUUUUCAAAGAUACUUCAACAAAAACGUGCAUUUGCUACAUAGAUUUUAACAAUGUCCUUGUGGUUUCAAGAAGUGAGAUAGCCUGGACGCGAGCAACCUUUUUCUCUCGAGAUCCCGGUUCGAAAUCCAGGUUAAGCACUUUUUAAUGAUAUCCUUUUCCUUGUUUAAUGAUUCAUUUAAACUAUCGCAAAUGUUUCAGCUUUAUUUGUUAAAUAAAUGAAAUUUUAAAAAAUACAAAUAUAUGUGAACAAGUCCCUUUAAACAUGAAACUGUAAUUCAUAAUUAUCGUCCAUCUCCUAUUUGAAUUAUGUGCAAUUUGGAAUUGUGCACUAUUAUAUCGAUGUAUUUGUUUUAAGCAUUUUUGUUUGCUUGUUUUGUUUUUGAAGCGUUCUAUUUUAUAUAGAUUGUGAAAUAAAAUAUAUCUGUGUCA